AUGGGGCGCAGGGGGAAUAGGGGCCGCAGGGGGGAUAGCGGGCGCGGGGGGAGUAGGAGGCGCAGGGGGGAUAGGGGGAAUGCAGGCAACGUCCCCCAGUGGGUCUUCUCCAAGGCCAAGGGGGAAGGCCACUCCUUCAGUUUCUCCCAGGCAUUUGCCGCUCAAGGCCCCUCUGCUGCUGCGGCUCGUACAGAAGAACCAUCGUCCUCCCCCUCCCACUUUCCCACACCCCCCCUCCUCCAAACCAACUUCUCUCCCCCGCGUUCCCUCCCCCCUCCCGACGCCUCUGCCUUACCGCGCUCCCCCGCCCACUCCCCCCGCGCCUCCUCCCACCCCGUAUGCUCCCCAUCUUCCUCCGCUGCCUAUUCAUUCUCCCGCUGGGGAGGAGUCGCUGCCCCUCUGCCCUCCUCGUCCUCUCCACCUCCUCCUGCCUUCAGCCCCACUCAAGUGGCCCAUGCAUCUCCCCGUAAUACUGGUGCACACCAUCACAUGCUACCUGCCAAGCCCAUGCCGCCCAUGAGUGCGACUGGAGGGGCGGCAGCGGGCGGCGCUGGUACACUUGAUGUGGAUGAAAUAAUUAAACAGGCCAAUAAUAAGUUGAUCCAACGGCCGGCACCAAAUGAACAGCCAAAGCAACAGGCCAAAUUCUUCUGCUGCUAG